GGACUUUUUUGCCCUCUCUUCCCGGGUCUGUAAGGUGGCCACCCACGUGGGCACAAGGCCAGGUGCCGCUCCUGCCCCGCGGUCCCUCCCUCUGCCUUUCGUUUCCCAGCUGCCAAGAUCUCGGAAGUUUUGAAGCUCAGCAAAGAAGGGAAAUCCAUUGAGAACAGUCUGUAAAGCCUUUUCCCACUGAAGAUAGUUACCAGAUAUAUUAACAAGCACACACUUUAAUUGUGUGGAAAUGUCAUUCAGAUUCGGCCAGCAUCUCAUCAAGCCCUCUGUGGUGUUUCUCAAAACAGAACUAUCCUUUGCCCUCGUGAACAGGAAACCUGUGGUACCAGGACAUGUCCUGGUGUGUCCCCUUCGGCCAGUGGAGCGCUUCCGAGACCUGCGUCCUGAGGAAGUGGCCGAUUUGUUUCAGGCAACCCAGAGAGUGGGGACAGUGGUGGAGAAGCAUUUCCAGGGGACUUCUCUCACCUUUUCCAUGCAGGAUGGCCCGGAAGCCGGACAAACUGUGAAGCACGUUCACAUCCACGUUCUUCCAAGGAAGGCUGGAGACUUUCACAGGAAUGACAGCAUCUAUGAGGAGCUCCAGAAACAUGACAAGGAGGAGGAGGACUCCCCAGCCUUGUGGAGAUCGGAGGAGGACAUGGCAGCCGAAGCUGCAGCACUGCAGGUCUACUUUCAAUGACUCAGGCACAAAAAGUAACUCGAACAAAUCCCAAGGCAUAAGGAAAUGGGCCUCAUUCUCUAGGACUCUGCGGCAUUGGAAAUGAAGCUAAGAAGACUUUAUUACAUCCUACAAUUCUGCAACCUUUUGCGAAGCAUUUUAUUACACUUGUGGAAGGCAUGGGGGUUAUAUUUCAAUCACGAUGACUGACAGGCUAACUUUAAAACAACGGCAUCGACAGCCCUUCCACGCUGCCUUGGCUGUGUACUUAGAAUAGAACCUUGUCUAAAUUGUCCCUUGGCCUGGAUGGAAAUAAAA